UAGCGCGUUGAAGAAAACUUUUUCUAUUUUUCUCUUCUUUUUGCCUCUCUGACAGCUCAAAUUAAAGUGAUUCCAAAAUCAUUUUCUCCCCCAACAAAAGGCUCUUAGAAAAUUUUGCUGCUUUUCUUUGGCCUUCUUCCUCUUUACCUCUUUCCUUGUAUUGUUUGUAAAGGAAAAAAAAUUAUAACCAGAAAAUUUCUCUUAGCAAUGACUGCUACAACAGCUACAGCAACCAAGUUUAUCAAAUGUGUAACGGUUGGAGAUGGAGCUGUUGGAAAGACUUGCCUUCUUAUCUCCUACACUAGCAACACCUUCCCUACCGAUUAUGUUCCCACUGUUUUCGAUAACUUCAGUGCCAAUGUUGUGGUUGAUGGGAAGACCGUGAAUCUGGGUCUCUGGGAUACUGCUGGUCAGGAGGAUUACAACAGGCUAAGGCCUCUAAGUUAUAGAGGAGCUGAUGUUUUCAUUCUUGCCUUUUCUCUCAUAAGUAGGCCUAGCUAUGAGAAUAUAUCAAAAAAAUGGGUCCCAGAGCUCAGACAUUAUGCCCCAUCAGUACCCAUUAUUCUUGUGGGGACUAAACUAGUGAGCACAUAUAUUUCUUUAAAUGGCAGAUCUGAGGGAAGAUCGACAAUUUCACUUAGAUUAUCCUGGGGCGUGCACCAUUUCUACAGAGCAGGGUAUAGAACUAAAGAAGCAAAUAGGAGCAUUGGCAUAUGUAGAAUGCAGCUCUAAGACACAGCAGAAUGUGAAGACUGUCUUUGAUGUUGCUAUCAAGGCAGUUCUCCAGCCUCCAAAGACCAAGAAGCAAAAGAGAAAACAGAGGUCUUGCCAUAUUCUCUAACUGAUUUCCUAUAAAUGCUGCUAAAAGUUUUCUAUUUUGUCAAUUCUUUUUCCUCCCCAUUUGAUGGUGUAUGUGCUGCCUUUUUAUUUUCAUUCUGUUACUUGAUCUGUUAGUAGACUGAUCCAAGUCUUACAUCCUAUUUAAUGGGAGCAUCUGGUGUUUCUGUGUUGUAUCUUUGGAAAUGAAAAACAAAAAAUGGUAGGUUUAAAAUA